UCCUAACCUUUAGCCCAUCCUCUCAUCUAUCCUUGCGCGCUCGUCAUCAUAUCUCUAUCACCUAUAUAUCUUAAAUGUUCUUAGCAUUAUCAUUGUUGAGCUUGAGCUUCUCCUUUACUCACCUUCAAAAAUCUAGCUCAAACUUAACAUCAACACCUAUAACAACAAUUUGAGAUUUCUCCCAUGACUCAACUUCAUAUCUACAAGAGCAACUAGGGCUUAUUUUCUCGAUUCAGCUCUGAAAACUAGCUCAAUCUCAACAUCAACACCAUAACAACAAUUUGAGUUUGUCCCCUUGACUCAACUUCAAAAACUAGCUCGAUUUCAAUAUCUACAAGAGCAACUAGGGAUUAUUUUCUCGAUUUAGUUCUGAAACUAGCUCAAUCUCAACAUCAACACCUAUAACAACAAUUUAAGCUUUUUUCCUUGACUCAACUCCAAACACUGGCUCAAUCCAAACAUUAAUACCCACAAUAGCAACUUGAGCUUUUUUUCUUGACUCGGUUUCAAAAAUUGGUUCAAUCCCAACACCAACACAUACAACAGUAACAUCAUCAUUCAUCCUCAACAACAACAACAACAAAAUUAGCAUCACCACCAUCAGAUAUUGGAUGUGGAACCCUAAAGAUGACGACAAUUCAUGGGAAGUUAGGGCUUUUGAGGAAGAUACUGGCAAUUCCAUGGGUGCAACUUGGCCACCAAGGUUCUACACUUGCACCUUUUGUCGGAAAGAGUUCCGGUCCGCCCAAGCCCUAGGUGGCCACAUGAAUGUGCACCGUCGUGACCGUGUCAGGCUCAAUCAAACACCGCCACAUGAUGCUUCAAAUAGCUCCACUACUAAUUUCCCCAAUGCCAAUUCUACCCUCCUUAUCCAAAAUCAAGAAUUCAUCCAAAAUGUUGGACUUUGCUUUCUUUACUCCAUGCCUAAUUAUUAUCACCCUAAUUCCACAACAAUUAAAUCUAGUACUGUGAAUCUCUCUAAUCUUCUCUCCAAUAGCUCACCCUUUUUGCCAAAUAAUUUGAUGUCUCAGCCUUACAGCAUCAGAUCAUCAUCAUUUAACACAAGUACUGAACCUUCAGCAUCUAAUAGUACUAGUAAUGACAAUAAUCGCGAUAAGAGGGAUUCAGUCAUUGAAGAAGACAUUGACCUUGAGCUCAGGCUAGGAUGGAGAUCAGCAACACCAAGAUGACAAGCCAAGAAAUUACAAGGUGUAACACAUGCAUAUAUUGUAAGGGUUGGUUUCUUAAUUCAAUGUACACUCAACUAAUAUCUAUUAUCUUAGAAAGUUAGUUUCUUCAACAAAAAAGUGACUUUCCAAGACAGUAUAUUAUUGUUACUUGAGUAACUAUACGAGAAAUCUAAUUCCACGACCUACGUUAUAGUUAUUUAA